AUUUGUAAAUAUUGACCGUCGACAGGCAGGGGCUUUGUUGGUAGGCUCGCUAGAAAAACUUCGACUUGUGUAGGCUUAGGCCUAGGCUGGGGCCCAAAUUUUGUACUUUUCUAGUGUAAGCAUAUACCGUAUAUGGAAAUAGCUAUCCAUUAAAAUUAAGUACUUCAGCAUGCCGACCGUGAUUGGAUUCGAAGGGAGUGCCAACAAGCUAGGAAUUGGAAUAAUCCGAGAUGGAGAGGUAUUGUCUAAUCCAAGAGUUACAUACAUAACACCACCAGGUGAAGGGUUUCAGCCUAGAGAUACUGCCAGACAUCACCAAGCACACAUCAUAGAAGUGCUACAAAAAGCAUUAGAUGAGGCCAGUGUCAGUCCCAAAGAUAUUGAUUGUAUUGCGUACACGAAAGGUCCUGGUAUGGGAGCACCUUUGGUAUCUGUUGCUCUUGUUGCAAGGACAGUAGCCCAGCUGUGGAAUAAGCCAAUUGUUGGAGUCAAUCACUGUAUUGGACACAUUGAGAUGGGACGACUCAUAACAAAUGCAAUCAAUCCUACAGUCCUGUAUGUCAGUGGAGGGAACACACAGGUUAUUGCAUACUCACACAAAAAAUACCGUAUAUUUGGUGAAACGAUUGAUAUCGCCAUUGGCAACUGUCUCGACAGGUUUGCACGCGUACUCAAGCUAUCAAAUGAUCCCAGUCCAGGUUACAACAUUGAACAAAUGGCAAAAGGAGGAAAAAAGUUAAUAGAACUGCCCUAUGUGACAAAGGGAAUGGACGUAUCUUUUUCAGGCAUUUUAUCCUAUAUAGAAGAUGUGGGGAGUAAGCAGCUGAAGCGAGGAGAAUGCACCCAAGCUGACCUCUGCUUUUCACUUCAGGAGACGCUGUUUGCUAUGUUAGUUGAGGUGACAGAACGUGCCAUGGCCCAUUGUGGGUCAAAUGAAGUCCUCAUAGUUGGAGGUGUUGGCUGUAACAAACGUUUGCAAGAAAUGAUGGGGAUCAUGGCUGAGGAGAGAGGUGCUAAGCUGUUUGCAACUGACAUGAGGUUUUGUAUUGAUAAUGGCGCGAUGAUUGCCCAAGCUGGAUGGGAGAUGUUCACAAGUGGAUUGACAACUCCAUUAGAUCAAACAUUUUGUACACAGAGAUUCCGAACAGAUGAAGUUGAGGUAACAUGGAGAGAUUGAAUGUGAUGUAUCAGUAACGAAAGAAACAAAGAUCUGAAGUAUAUACUACAUCGAGGUGUAUGUCACACUGAUGAUAAAGCCAUAGAUGGAAGGACGUGAUGUAAUAGACUGACCAUGGAGUAAUAAGUAAAUAAUUACUCCCAUUAACUGACCUAGCAGAGCUGAGGAAACCAAUCAAUGACCCAUGACCGUAUCAGAUUGACAGCACGUUCGAAAAUGAUAUAAAUCAGACGAGGGUCAGUGGCAGGUUAAACGGGGGCCCCAACUAUUCGAGGCCCCCUAAAUUUUUUAAUGGAGAAAGAAAGAAAAAUUAUUCAAAUUUAUGUCUGAGAGUGUUUCCAGCCACCUAUAGGUGCCGUAAUCAUAAAUGUUAUUACUUCAGCCCCAACCAUGGUGGGGCUAAGGUGGUGUAGACCCUCCAUCUGUGAAAGUCCAUCCCUGAGCUUUCAAAUUUCUGGAUCCACCACUGAGGGUGUGAUACAAGAAGCAAGAACUUAGAACACAUUGUAGUGACAGACAUUUAACAAAUUACGUGGUGAUAAUAACGUCAAAAAUGACAGUAAUGGAGAGAGAACAUUAAAAAAUGCUUUGAGCAAAAUAGUAAAUCCAAUUGACAACAAUCAGCUGAUUUAACGAGCAGGGAAAACAAACAUGUCAUCGUCGUUUCUGUUUGUUUUCCUGAAAGGCUUGUGAGCAAGCUUAGUAGCUUGCGUUGAUGAUUUCACUAAGCCUGCAUCCUGUUGGAAGGUCUAAUUUAAACCGACUUCCUGAACGCUUCUAAUUAUCACGCUAUAAAUAUCUACUAUACAUACUUUGCUACACUUAGCUUAUCAAAAUGUUGGCUUAACGAUGAUGGACUGGGAUUCGUUUCGUUUCAGAAUUAUUAGUGGAGGCCUUAGUUAAAUGCAGUCGUACAGUAGUUGUAUGGGAGGGUUUUCUUUAGUUGAAUAACUUAUUGUUCCCAUCUGCCUAAUUUUAAUUAUAUUAUUAUUAUAUUUUUUUUUUUUCAUUAAUACUUUAUUGCUAUAAUUUAUGAUCAUUUUAAUCAUAAUAUUGUUGUAAUAAAAAUAUGAUUUGAGCACCAGACCUGUUGAAAUAUCAUGAAGAUGAAUUUUAAAAAGGUGAAAAGUAAUAAAAGGAAUACUGUACAUCUUUCAAACAUUUUUGUAAUAAAUUGUCUUUAUUUUAAUCAAACCAAUACAUAAAAUAUUGUGCUUUUACAGUAUUAAGGCUUAAGGAGUCAGUUUUCAGAAACUUCUUCUCAAGUCAUCUAAAGUUAUUUUUGUCAUGUUAAAGAAACAUAUACAGAUACAAGUCAAACAUUGUCACAGCUGAUGCAAGUACAUAACAAAGAUAUAUAACAGCCAACACCUGUAUAGAUUGCAAUUAUGGAGCCCCAGGACCUAAUAGGGCAUUAUAGGGCAUUAUAAGGAUAUAUUUAGCUCUUUCAUUUAGCAUAUAUUGUACAAUUUGAAGGAAAUUACAAGAAUGCUACCUUGGAAAGUUUACUGCAGCUAAUACAGAAUCUAUGUACAGUAAUAAUUAACAAAAUAUGUUAAUGAAUUUCUUUUAUAAUUCAUGCCCAUAGGAAGAUAUUACAUGCAUUAGGCCAAAUAAAAAAAAAAAAUGUUUACUGCAUCCUAUGGAAAUUCUUACAUCCUGAGCUGUUGCGUCUGUAAUGUUUGUGGGACGAAUAUAAUCUGAAGCAUGGUUAUUCAUGUUUUCCUAGGACAUUUGACUGUUGCCAUGGUAAUCUUAAUCUAACGGACCUUUAAAUUAUUAAAAUACAAUUAAUUGUGUACUGUCAUCCUUACUUUGUUCCUUGUAUACAAAUAGUUUUUUAAAAUAUCACCGGCAAAUUUUACCAGCGAUACUACUACCAUAACUGUUUGUAAGAGACUAUGAAUAGAGCUACUUGGAGAGAUUACGUAGUACUUUUAUAUACAUAUCUGAAGUUAAUCACAAUGAAAUGUAGGUAUAGUAACAACAGAGACUCUUCAUUAACAGAUAUUUACAUCAUCAUCAGUGACCAUAUAUCCAACUCAAAUUGAGUACACUAAAAAAUAAAAAUAUUGCUUCAACCAAAAAUAAAUCCUUGCUUUAACCAUUAUAUGCACAUAGGUUCUAUUAGUCUUGAUAUUAACACUGGAUAAAUGUACUCUAGAUCGUAUUUUAAACCAUUUGAAAAUAUACAAUAUAAAUGCUGUAGUCCAAAAUAUACAACUUAAGAUUUAUGAACUUUGCAAUUAUUUUAUGUUAUUAUUUAUAUUAACACAUUCUUUUCAUCAUUUAACUUGUGCAUGGAAGUAGGGAAAUAGUUUUAAAAAUAACAUGUAUUUCAACUUUCUAAAAAAAAA